AAUGCAAUUUUUAUGAUAUAAACAUUUUACGAUCCCGGAAGUUGUGAUAACCGUGGCAACAACACCGCCAAAGUGAAAGAUGUCUGGUUUACCAAGAGAAGUUUUAAAAUGGAUUCAGAGCUUAGACUUAACCUGGCAGGUCAAAACACCUAAAUGGGACAUGACCAAUGGCUAUCUAAUUGCUGAAAUUUUCUCCUGGUACUUUCCACAAGAUAUACAGAUGCACUCCUAUAAUAAUGGAAAAUCAUUAGACUCAAAACAGAAGAAUUGGGAUUUACUCAAGAACUUUAUAAAAAGACACAGACUGAACAUACCAGCAGACAUUGUUGAUGGAACAAUACACUGCAAAGAAGGGGCUGCAGCCUUGUUUUUAGAAAAGAUGUAUGAAAUACUCACAAACAGAGCCAUUCGCCGUGUUCCAUUGGAGUUUGAGACAGACUUCACUGAUAGUGGCUACCAAAGCAAACUGCCUAUGCAUGCACGCUCGACUGCCUCCCAGUCCGUGAAGAACAAUCUCAGAAUCACCGAAAUCCAGGCAGACUCUAGUCUUAUCCUGAAUGCUCAAAAGGCACAAAAAAUAAUCAAUGACCAUAUUGAGCAUAGACGAUUGGAGCGCCAAGAAAACCCUGACCGCUUCAACAUACGUCCGUCUGUUGGGGAGGCGAGUUUCAGACGACCUUUGCCCCAGGAGAGGGACCCUGGGGCGGAGGAAAACAGAGAUGAACAGGAGCCAGAGAGAACUCAGAGCCCUAUAUCCCGUGAGCCAAGCGUACAUUUCAAGGAGGUACAAGUGAAGCAGCUUGACAAGAACGCCCUGUAUAACAUGCCUAUUCAAGGCUACUGAGCCAUUAAACAGUGAAACUUGCAUAUAACAAUUGUAAAAAGCUAUUGUCUAUUGCCAUCACCUUUUCACACUGCAAUCUGAUUUUAAAAUAGUUUAAUCCAUUUUGUAAUUUUUUAAAUAAUUACUAAUCUUUUAAUAAAUGUAUUGUUCAUAUACCGGUACAAAUUGCUUUGUUCGUCAGUGUUAUAUGGUCUCUCUUCUUUAGAAUACCAGUGCUGCCGUGAUGCUAGUUUUUUACUGAAGUUAAAAGCAUAUAUCUCAACUUUAAUUACCAAUUAUAGCAGUAAUUUGUCAGUCAAACAGUCACAUUAGACUCAAUCAUUUGUUUUGUAAAAUUACAUUGCAAGUAAAAUCUUCGUGCUUGUGGCUUUUGCUUGUUUUUUACCCUUUACAGUUUACUUUACUAGUUAUAACAAAUGCAAAAGCAUAUACUUGUACUGAGCUGUCAUUUAGACGAGUGUACCUGAAUUAUUUCUAUGUUUUAUAAUUUAAAAUCUCCACUCAAAUCUGAUGGCAAAUAAGCAGGCUCAUUCUUGGUGACCCAGCAUGUAACAGCAUAGCACACAUGGGUAUUGGAUAAUAAAGCACGCUUUGCUUAUGCAAACUUGAAUUAUUUCUGUUGUAAAUUGUAACAAUAUUGCAAACUUGAAAAUGAUUGUUUUAUUUUGUAUGAAUAGUUUGUAUCUUUUUUAUGAAUUCUACACUAGUGUUUCUUUUUUGUAAUCAGUUAUUGUACAUUUCAAACCAUGUUUAUUUAUAUUGUCAAUUCUUGUUUAUAGUAUUUUACAAUAAAAUAUCUAAAUGUUG